AUGACUGUCGCUCCGAUCUCGAUAAUGCGGCUGGCGCUGCUGGCUGCGGUGGCCAUGCACAGCGUGCUAGCCUCGGAAGACAUCUCCUACUGCUCCUCGCAAAACACAGGCUCAGAUUUCGAUGCUAUGGCAUCCACAUACCAAUCCUACGGACUGUGCGAGCAGACCUGUAAUGCCGAUUAUGCUUAUGCUAUCUUGCAAGGACAUGACUGCUGGUGUUCCAACUAUGCCCCGAGCGAGACGACCUCGGCCAGCGAUUGCUCCGAAUCUUGUCCCGGCUACCAAAGCGAUAAAUGUGGAAACGUUUCAAAAGGCCUCUACGUUUAUUAUCAGAUGGCAAACGUUCUCCCCUCGGGUACUCAAUCAUCCAGCAGUAAAACCGCUGCUGCCACCUCCAAGGCGGAGAGUACUACUGUUAGUGCUGAGCCUGAGCCCGUGACUGUGACGGUGACUGCGUCGAAUGACCAGACGAACACCGUCGUCACAGUGACCCCUAGUUCUUCAACUUCAACAUUGCCUACUACUACAUCCAAGUCGUCUUCUAGUAGCAGCUCCAGCUCGGAGUCGACUACCGCUUCACAGACUGUUCCGGCAACCACUAGCAAGCCAUCUCUUUCCGUGCAGACGGUGGCUGGUCAGCCAGUGACGGUCACCAUCCAAAAUCCGGAGUCGACAAUGGCGGCUGGCCAGGAAGGAACCCACAAGUCCACCAGCAGCUCUGCAUUGAGCGGCGGUGCUAUUGCAGGAGUUGUCGUCGGCUCUCUCGCUGGAGCUGGUGUUCUCCUCGGUUUCCUUUUCUGGUUCUGCUACGCUCGCCGCCGCUCCGCUGCUAGCGACGGUUCAUACGACCCCAGCAUCCAAGGCAACCUGCUCGAUGGACGCCGUCACAGCAAGACUUCGCAGAUGAGCAUAAUGAGAAACAUUCCCUCAUCACCAACUGGGGCGGCUGCCUUCACAGAUAACCGCAUGAACAAGGAGGCGACUCUGUAUCCCAACGGGCAUCGCCUCAGCAACGUUUCCCUCCAGGAUAACCAGGAUUACUCACGACCCGUCCUCCGGCUUACGAACCCCGACUAA